GCGCUCCGUAUUUGCGGAGGAUGCUGUUGCGGCUGCUGUACUGACGGGACUCACACUACAAACAAGCUGAACUCUCUCUCUUUCUCACACACACACUGAGGACUGAGAAGAGAAGACAGCACACGCGCGCGCGCACACACACACGCGCACAUACAUACCGCACAGGAGCUGCGCGCGCGAUUGCCAGACGAGUGGUGUUACGGCACAGAGCGGCAUCACCAUGCAAGACACAGAGGUGAGCGUGUGUGAGCUUCAGCCCAACAUCAUCUCUGUGCGCCUGUUCAAGCGCAGAGUGGGUGGUCUGGGAUUCCUGGUAAAGCAGCGCGUGUGCAAACCCCCCGUCAUCAUCUCAGAUCUGAUCCGGGGUGGUGCGGCCGAGGAGUGCGGCCUGGUCCAGGUGGGCGAUAUCGUACUCGCCGUCAACAACAAGCCGUUGGUGGACAUGAGCUACGAGCGUGCGCUGGAGACGCUGAAGAACGUCUCACCUGAGAGCCAUGCCGUCCUCAUCCUGCGUGGCCCUGAGGGCUUCAGUACGCACCUGGAGACCACGCUGAGUGGAGACGGGCGGCCACGGACGGUGCGCAUCACCAAGCCGGUGUCAGCCCGGGCAUGUCAGCGCUGCACACCCAAGGAGCUGAGAGCCAUCGAGAACUUGGCGUCAUCGUCCUCCACGUCAUCCUCGUCCACCUCCUCGUCUACGGCACGUAAAGAGACCAAAAGUUUGAUCCCGCUGAGUGGCCCAGACGGCUUGCUUAACGGUGUGGAGGAAAGCAACGAGCUGCUGAAGGAGAUCGAACCUGUGCUUAAGCUGAUCAAGAACAACAGCAAGAGGGACGUGAAUGGAGAGGGACAGAGGGGCGUGGAGAAGAGGGACGCCGAAGUGCAGGUGGAAAGAGACCUCAGCGUGGGAAUAAACAGCAAUGCCCAGCUGGCCUCCGAUAAUGACAGAGUGUUUGAUGACCUCUGGAGGAAGGACAACAUGCCCACGGUGCUCAACAACCCGUACUCGGAAAGUGAUAAGCCACUGUCUGAAGGCAGAGUGUCUCCCACUAAAACUCCGCAAAAUGGGAGUCCAACAAAAUGCCCCAGGUUCAUGAAGAUAAAGAAUUGGGAGAGUGGGGUGGUGUACAAUGACACACUCCAUCAAGGCUGCAGCAAGGUGCCAAUUUGCAACGAAAGAGUGUGUAUAGGCUCAGUGAUGACACCAAACAUGAGAAGUAAACCAGAUGAAGUUCGGACCAAAGACGAGCUGCUACCACUGGCUACAGACUUCAUCAACCAGUACUAUACAUCAAUAAAAAGGUGUGGAUCCAAAGCACAUGAGGACAGACUGGAGGAGGUGAAGAAGGAGAUUGAAACUUCUGGAACGUACCAGUUGAAAGACACCGAGCUAAUCUACGGCGCCAAGCACGCUUGGAGGAACGCCGCUCGCUGCGUAGGGAGGAUCCAAUGGUCCAAACUACAGGUGUUCGAUGCUCGAGACUGCACAACAGCACACGGAAUGUUUAAUUACAUCUGCAAUCACAUCAAAUAUGCCACUAACAAAGGCAACCUCAGGUCAGCCAUCACCAUUUUUCCUCAGAGGACAUAUGGGAAACAUGAUUUCCGGGUAUGGAAUAGUCAACUGAUCCGCUACGCUGGCUACAAGCAGCCCGAUGGCUCAGUUCUGGGAGAUCCUGCUUCCCUGGAGCUCACUGAGAUCUGUAUACAACAGGGAUGGAAAGCACCCAGAGGCCGGUUCGAUGUCUUGCCCCUUUUGCUUCAAGCAAAUGGCAACGAUCCAGAGCUGUUUGAGAUCCCCGAUGAUCUCGUGCUGGAAGUCAUCAUCACGCACCCCAAGUUCGAGUGGUUCAAGGACCUGAACCUGAAGUGGUACGGCUUACCUGCUGUGUCUAACAUGCUGUUAGAGAUCGGAGGCUUGGAGUUCACCGCUUGCCCUUUCAGCGGGUGGUACAUGGGCACCGAAAUCGGCGUGCGGGAUUUCUGUGACAGUUCGCGCUACAACAUUUUAGAGGAAGUAGCCACCAUGAUGGGGCUGGACACCAGGAAGACGUCUUCUCUGUGGAAAGACCAGGCACUGGUGGAAAUCAAUAUCGCUGUUCUCUACAGUUACCAGAUGUCCAAGGUGACCAUUGUGGACCAUCACUCAGCCACAGAGUCCUUCAUGAAGCACAUGGAGAACGAGUACCGGGUGAGGGGUGGCUGCCCGGGGGACUGGGUGUGGAUCGUUCCUCCGAUGUCGGGCAGCAUAACGCCCGUCUUCCACCAGGAGAUGCUCAACUACCGACUCACGCCUUCCUUCGAAUACCAGACUGACCCCUGGAACACUCAUGUGUGGAAAGGAGUGAACGGCACUCCCACCAAGAAAAGAGCCAUCGGCUUUAAGAAACUCGCCAAAGCUGUGAAGUUCUCGGCUAAGCUGAUGGGUCAGGCCAUGGCCAAGCGAGUCAAAGCCACCAUAUUGUUUGCCACAGAGACGGGGAAAUCGCAGGACUACGCGAAGACCCUGUGUGAGAUUUUCAAGCACGCUUUCGAUGCGAAGGUCACGUCGAUGGAAGACUAUGAUGUUGUGCACUUGGAGCAUGAGACCCUGGUGCUGGUGGUGACCAGUACAUUUGGAAAUGGAGAUCCUCCUGAGAACGGAGAGAAAUUUGGUGCGGCAUUGAUGGAGAUGAGACACCCAACCACCAGCACUGAGAGAAAGAGCUACAAGGUCCGCUUCAACAGCGUGUCUUCGUACUCGGACACUCGGAAAUCCUCCAGCGAUGAACCUGAGCCUAAAGCCCACUUUGAGAGCACAGGACCGCUCGCUAAUGUCAGGUUCUCUGUGUUUGGCCUUGGCUCACGGGCCUACCCACACUUCUGCGCCUUUGCCCACGCUGUGGACACGCUGUUCGAGGAGCUCGGAGGAGAACGCAUACUCCGCAUGGGCGAGGGAGACGAACUGUGUGGCCAAGAGGAGGCCUUUAGGACCUGGGCUAAGAAAGUCUUCAAGGCCGCCUGCGACGUGUUUUGUGUCGGCGACGAUGUGAACAUCGAGAAGGCGAACGAUUCGCUCAUCAGUAACGACCGCAGCUGGAAAAAGAGCAAGUUCCGCAUGACGUACACAGCUGAAGCGCCAACGCUAACACAAGCUCUUUACAACAUUCACAAGAAGAAGGUUUACGGCGCCAAGUUCCUGAUGAGACAGAAUCUUCAGAGUGUCAAGUCAAAUCGAUCUACCAUUUACGUCCAGCUCCAUGCCAACAACCACGAGAGUCUCAAAUACCUGCCUGGAGACCAUUUGGGCAUCUUCCCUGGCAACAACGAAGACCUGGUGACGGCUCUGAUCGACAAACUAGAGGAUGCGCCUCCUGUCAAUCAAAUCGUGAGGGUGGAGUUUCUGGAGGAGAGGAACACGGCAUUGGGAGUCAUCAGUAACUGGACAGACGAGAGUCGGAUUCCUCCGUGCACCAUUUAUCAAGCGUUUAAAUACUUUCUGGACAUCACGACCCCUCCCAGUCCUUUGCUCCUGCAACAGUUCGCUCCUUUAGCCACCAGUGAGAAACAGCGGAAGAGACUCGAGGUGCUUAGUAAGGGUCUACAGGAGUAUGAAGAGUGGAAGUGGUACAAUAACCCCACCAUGGUUGAGGUAUUAGAGGAGUUUCCAUCUCUGCAGGUGCCCUGUACACUUCUUCUUACCCAGCUGCCCCUGCUGCAGCCACGCUACUACUCCAUCAGCUCCUCACCAGACCUCCACCCGGGCGAGAUCCACCUGACCGUGGCUGUGGUCUCAUACCGCACUCGGGACGGAGCCGGUCCCAUACACCACGGAGUGUGUUCGUCCUGGCUCAACAGCUUGGAGACGGACGAAAUGGUGCCGUGUUUCGUCAGAGGAGCCCCAACCUUCCGCAUGCCAAGGGACAGCAAAGUCCCAUGCAUCCUAAUUGGACCAGGAACAGGCAUCGCCCCCUUCAGAAGCUUCUGGCAACAGAGACUUUAUGACUUGGAAAAUAAAGGAAUCAAGGCUUGUCCCAUGAUCCUGGUGUUCGGGUGUCGACAGUCGCAAAUGGACCACAUUUACAAGGAAGAGACCAUCCAGGCUAAGAACAAAGAAGUGUUUAAAGAACUCUACACAGCUUACUCACGAGAACCCGGAAGACCAAAGAAAUAUGUUCAGGAUGUCCUUCGCGAGCAGUUGUCUGAGACAGUGUAUCGAUGUUUGAGAGAGGAAGGAGGACACAUUUACGUGUGUGGCGACGUGACCAUGGCUGGAGACGUGCUGAAGACCGUCCAGCAGAUCAUCAAACUACACGGCAACAUGACUCUGGAGGAUGCUGGGUUCUACAUCAGCAAACUGAGGGAUGAAAAUCGUUACCAUGAAGAUAUUUUUGGAGUUACUCUGCGUACGUACGAGGUGACGAACCGACUGAGGUCAGAGUCCAUCGCGUACAUCGAAGAGAGCAAGAAAGACACAGAUGAGGUGUUUUGUUCGUAAAAAGCCUCGUUUUGUUACCGGAUUUCCGGAGCGACAAUGAGGAGCAAGAAAAAAAAACAAAAAAAAAAAAACAAGCAACUGCUACAACUUAAGAAAACUGUGCCAAGUUUGUCUUUUAUUUUUUCUUCUUCAGUUCUUCUGCCCCUCUGCUAGUUUUUACUGCAUUUGUGUGGUCGGAAUCAACACUUCUAAUACGAAUUACUUGUUUUGUUUUCUUUUGUUUUUCUUUCUUUCUCUCUGCUAGAAAUCUUUCCGGAAUGCACUUUUUAUCUCAUGUAUUUAUUUCUUUAUUUUUCCUUCCUUCUUUAUGAAUAUGCCGUGCACAUCAGGCACCUGAAUUCGAUCUGCCUAUUGUGGAUGCAUGACCGAGACCCCGAGUCCUGCUAUAUUAUCAUGAAUCAUCAUAGCUGUUACGUGUUGCUGUUAGCCUUGAGUUUAGUCUACAAAGCGUGUACAUCAUACCGUGUCUGGAUCAGAAACCACUGAUAGAGAGAGGGUUUUUUUUUUUUUUUUAAUGACUUCAAUGCAUGCCGUGUGAUUUUUCGGAGCGGAAUAGUGUCAGCUCCGGCACCGAUUCUAGAUCAUCAUCAGUGGAAAGCAAACUGGACUACAAACAGAUCGGUUUUGUAAAGAAAAAUGAUAAUAAUCUGCUUUUUUCUGUCAUCAUAUUGUGGUUUGAAAGAAAGGUUAAAGAAAAGGAGCAGUCUGAGUUUUUGUCGCAUCUCAGACAAGAACAAAAUGCAUUUGCGGUACAUUUGCACAUGUCUGUGUGAUUUCUCACGUUUGUCUCAUUUCAGGAAAAGACCUGAAAGAAAAGUAAUGCUUUAAUGAAGCUUCGUGUAUGUUCAUAACUCGUACAUGAACCUAUUAUGACUAUAGACGGAACUGUGUACGCGUUUAUUGAGCGUUCCUACAGCCAUUAAGACUGCUUUUGGCAAAAAAAUAAUUCAAUUUUAAUCAUUUCAAUUUUUUCGCUUUUAACAGUAUAAAAAUUCUGAAUAAAAAUGAUAACAGGUAAUUAACAUUUAUGAAUUAUUUCCCACGCAUUUACCCACAUCACACUUAACCUCUUGACUCGAAUUGUUCAGAUGUUAAUCCGGAUUCAUUCUUAUCAGCUCUACAAGGUUUAUAUUAAUGCACUCUUCCGUGUUAUUGUUGCUAUGGCAACAACCCAUUUGCAUGGAAUCUGAAUAAGUAACAACCACCUUAAGCACACGCUUGUUAGCUGAUGUGUUCAUUAACAUGCCAACGAAGUAAAUAGGAAUCGAACGUGAUUGUUUGGGAUCCAUUUCAAUUGAAAAUUUCUAAUUGAGCAAUUACAAGCGCUAAAAAAAAAGCAAAGUGCACAGUGUCGUGGCGAGUGCGUGAGGUAAAAGGUAAUAAUUUAUUACAUUUUUAUGAAUAUUCAAGACAACAUAUGAAUAUUUAUGUAGAUUUUUUUUUUUUUUUAAAUGAGUGUGAAUGGAUUUUUGAUGCCAUCAUCAUCAUCAUUAUUAUAUGAUUUAAUACAGAAUUAAACCGAGCUACGAAGACAUUCAUCAUUGUAGCGUUUAUCAUGUUAGGGAGUGUUAUAACACUCUUACGUCACCUCAUAUAGACGUCAUGUCAAUUUGUCACAAAAAAAAAAAUAAUUCGCAAAAGCAGUCUUUGUGUUGGACGAUGCUGGAACGAGUUUUCGUUAACGCUUACGUAGUCAGCCGUCACUGAGACCCUAUGCAAGUGUUAUUACUCCCUACGAAGGCUUAAGGAAGAGUCAGAGCUGAGAUCUAUUUGAGCUUCGAUCUAGAUCAUAAGCGAACAACUGAAUUACGAUCCUUUUUAAAAAGGCAGUGUGAAGGGAAACACAUUCCUAAUCCAUUGAGAAAUGAUAAUAAUUACAUAACUCUAGUUUUCCUCUAAGGGCUGUGAGACGUAUUGAAGGCUCUUCCCAACACUCUUAGCGCAUAAUGAAGUUCUCUGGACAUCAUUUUUUAUUUUUUAUUUUUUUGGAAAGUUAUACAGAGAUCGGAGUUUCCCCCCUGAGGGAAAUUCAGUUAAUGUCACACAACCCGACCAUCACACAGCCGCAGCCUCCAUAAUGGCUUGCUCGAUAACUCCGACAUUCAUCAUCUCUCUAGUCGGAGAAAGAGGAAAGAACAA